GGAGGGAAGACAGACUGAACGAGAGAGACGAGUGCAGCAGAGAGAGCUGGCAGAGAUGGACCAGAGAGAAACCGUGCUGGUUGGCUCCCUGCUGCUGUGUAUCAUCACUCAGGUGCAGUGCCAGCAGCUGUGUCCCGUGCCGUGCCAGUGCCCGCCCGUCCCGCCGCACUGCCCCGGCGGCGCGCCCCUGGUGCUGGACGGCUGCCGCUGCUGCCAGGUGUGCGCCAGGCAGGAGGGCGAGGCCUGCAGUGCCCGGCUGCCCUGCGACUCCCAGAGAGGCCUGCGGUGUGACUACAGCGCCAGCUUCCCCGGAGGCCCCGGAGAGUGUGUCGGUCAGAAUGACCUGGGCUGUGACCUGAACGGCAUGAGGCUGGAGGAGGGCCAGACCUUUCAGCCCUCCUGUGCCCAGCUGUGCCACUGUGUGGGCGGCGGCGUGACCUGCGUGCCCCUGUGCACCGACGACCUGCAGGUGCCCAGCUGCCCCAGCCCUCAGCUGGUGCGGCUGCCGGGCCGCUGCUGUAAGGAGUGGAUCUGCGAUGGCCUGGACAACAGCAUCUACCCUGAUCCCUCUGCAGGAGGAGAGUGGAGAGCGGAGAGGACGCGUCAGGACGGCCAGCCUGCCGGCCCCGUGUCCAACUGCAUCGAGCGGACGACGGACUGGAGCCCCUGUUCCCGCAGCUGUGGCCCAGGUGUCUCCACCCGCAGCUCAAACAAGAACUGGGCUUGCCGCCUGCAGACCCAGACCAGACUGUGCCAGGUCAGGCCGUGCCAGGCUGUGCCGCUGGUGCCCCGCAGGCUGCCGCCGGGCUCAGGUGUGUGUGAGAGCAGCUACACCCACCCACUCCCCAUCCGCCUUGAGCACCACGGCUGCUGGAGCACCAGGGCCUACCGCCCUCGCUUCUGUGUCACCGCCUGUCCCGAGGGCCGCUGCUGCAGCCCCGCCCGCACCAGGACGGUGACGGUGGCUUUCCGCUGCCCAGAAGGCCGGCUCACCCAGCAGCAGGUCAUGAUGAUCGAGUCCUGCUCCUGCAGCAGCUCCAGCUGCCCGCGGCCCCCAGCUGCAGCCGCCUGGAGGGCCCUGCCCUGGCUGUGAGCCCCGCGUCCCGGUCCAAGACAGAUGGGCCGGUCCCGUCGGCGAGGAGGACAGAUGGUUGAAAAACAUUGUGAUGUUGCAGCACAGGAAGUUGGUCCAGUGUUUCAGAAACACCUUGAGCAAGAGGAGAUGUGUUGCUUACCUAAAGAUGAAUUGCUAACCAGUUUUUAAUAAGAUGGACAUUAUUAGUGGCAGUGAUCAAAAUGUUUUAAAGAUGCACGUCAGAUUUGAACAGGUCUGUGCGACUUGGGUUUACAACUAUGUACAUGGUAAUGCAUCUUGUUGUAGCAAGCUAAUACACAAUCUAUGUUUGACAAGGAGGUGUGUGUUUGUGUGUGUGAGUGUGUGUGAGUGUGUGUAAAUGAUGAAUGAUAAUCUUUAUAGUCCAGCGAAGGAAGUCAUGACUGUUCCACUGGCAA